AUGGUUACUGUUAGAUGUGUGAUUGCAGUAGAUGUAUAUAAAGGUUGGAAUCUUCAUCAAAUAGAUGUGCAUAAUGAAUUCCUCCAAGGGUAUCUUGAGGAGGAAGUCAACAUGGAAAUGCUAGGGGGAUUUAGAAGACAGGGAAAGCACAAGGUGUGUAAGUUGACCAAAUCUUUGUAUGGUUUUAAGCAGGCCUCCAGGCAGUGGAAUCUUAAGCUCACUUAUGCCCUAAUUGAUACUGGUCUUAGUGGUUCUAAGCCUUCUAUUACUCCUUUAGAGUCUAAUUCCAACAUCACCUCCAUUGAGUAUGAUCAAGCUACAGGUGCACAAGGCGAUGAAUUGCUGUCUGAUAUUUCAUCUUAUCAAAGACUUAUUGGCAAGCUUAUGUAUGCCACUAUUAUAAGGACAGACAUUAACUUUGUUGUCCAGACUCUCAACCAAUUUAUGCAAUAUCCCAAGAGUUCUCAUUGGGAAGCAUCCAUUAGGGUGGUCAGAUACCUUAAAGGUUCUGUUGGUCAAGGAAUCUUGUUAAAGGCUGAGCCUACUACUACUAUGGCUUGCUGGUGUGACUCAGAUUGGGCUGCUUGUCCAAACACCAGAAGAUUAGUUACUGGUUAUGCCAUUCACUUUGGUGAUUCACUUAUAUUAUGGAAAUCCAAGAAGCAACAUACUGUGUCCAGGAUUUUUGCUGAAGCUGAGUAUAAAAUCAUGGCUUCAACAGUUGCAGAACUCACUUGGCUGGUUGGAUUGUUUCGGAACUCAAUAUUCCUGUCACCCUUCCUAUUUCAGUUUAUAGUGACAGUAAUUUAG